AAGUGUAAUGAAGUAGUUUGACGUUGGACUUUGCACUCAAGCUGCUGUUUAUAAGCAAAGCGAACAGUGCCCCCUUUUCCUCUCAGGCGAGUCGCGGCGUUGGUGUGAGGUAUUAGUCCGCGGUGUGCGCGAGCGAGCGAGCGAGCGGGGCUCUGACUCCAGCAGCAGUGCGGCUUUAAGAUGAUGAAGGCUGUGAAAUUUAUCGCUGGCUCCUCCUCCCGCGAUGAUGUCAAUCGGAGGUGGAGAGGUGGGCAGUACUAAGGAACUGAGUUCAUACAAUACAACAGAGAUUGCUGGAGCUCUGCGUAUAACUACGGCAAAAAAAUCUCAGUGUGUGGAAGUGAUGCUGCACCUAUAGGCACACUGUCCACCUGCUCCGUUACACUGACAGUCUAUGAAUAUCUCUCAAAAUAGAUGUUUUACUCUCCAUCACUCUGCCAAACCACGGGAUGACAUUAAAUGACGUGUCCGAGGAUGCGGUUCACAAGUUCUUUAGCUGUUAAUUAAACGCACAGAGAAAAAAAGAAACCAACUUCACUAAACAGUUUUCGUACAUGCGAGGAGCGUUCCCAGGUUUUUUCCCGUGAUGACUGUAAGAAUGCACUGAAAUUAGAAGUACUGCACAUUGACAAACCCAUUUGGAGCACCACUAUCUCUCCGCGCGCGUGGGAUUCAAGCAGUAGCCAGGCGCGAGACAUCUGAGGAAUUACAUCGUCUCUUCUAAAAAGUCAUUCGCAGAUGUUUUUCGCCGUUCGUGCGUGGAGCGUGGACUUUUUCAUGGACAUGGAUCGUUUUCUCUAGUUGGAUACCGACUGGUCACUACGUGAAGCUGUUUGAUUCUGGGAUUUUCUUCAGUCUGCUUCACGGCACUUCAUCUCCUCCAGCAGUGAUGCCGCUACGUGACGGGAAUUGAGAGUUUCCAUAUUCACAGAGAAAUCCGAGCAGACCUUGCAGAUCUUUGAAGAGAGUGCAGCACCUACUCUGAGUAUGGACUUGGCAAAUGAGGCCCAUGUUCUGGUGGUUUUACUCACCUGCCUGUUCUUGAUGUGCCGGGCUCAAGAGAAGGACUACACUGUAAAAGAGGAGCAGCCAGAGAAUGUGCGCAUCGGAAACCUGCGCAAAGACCUAAACUUGAACCUAGAUCCAGACAUUAAACUGUCUUCUGCGCUGCAGUUUAAACCUGUCUACAAGACGGGUGAUGUGCCUUUGGUCAAGGUAGAAGCAAGCACGGGAGAGAUUUUCACCACAGCCAACCGCAUCGACCGUGAGAAACUCUGUUCCGGAGUCUUCACCGAGAAGCGCUGCUUUUACGAGAUCGAGGUCGCAGUGCUACCCGACGAGAUUUUCCGACUGGUUAAGAUCCGCUUCCUCAUCGAAGACAUCAACGACAACGCCCCGCUCUUUCAGUCGACGGUUAUCAACAUCUCCAUUCCAGAAAACACAGCCAUCAACAGCCGCUACCCUGUCCCUUCCGCAUUUGACCCUGAUAUUGGGAUCAACGGGAUUCAACACUACGAGCUUGUCAAGAGUGUGAGUGAAUUUGGCCUGGACAUCAUCGAGACGCCUGAAGGAGACAAAUGGCCCCAACUCAUAGUCCAGCAGAGCCUCGAUCGGGAGACGAAGGACACCUUUGUGAUGAAAAUUAAAGUAGAGGAUGGUGGCACCCCUCCAAAGUCCAGCACAGCCAUUCUGCAGGUCACCGUCUCAGAUGUGAAUGACAAUCGGCCGGUGUUCAAGGACAGCGAGGUGGAGGUAAACGUUCCUGAGAAUGCCCCAAUGGGAACAUCUGUCACUCACCUCCAUGCCACAGAUGCUGAUCUGGGAUCCAAUGCUCAGAUUCACUUCUCCUUCAGCAACCAAAUCUCCCCUGCCACCAAACGACAUUUUGCUAUUGACAGCACAACUGGACUGAUUACCGUCAAGCAGCCAUUGGACAGGGAAGCCAACCCGGUGCACAAGCUUAUAGUGCUGGCCAGUGAUGGAAGCUCUACCCCUUCAAGGGCUACAGUAACAGUCAAUGUUACAGACAUUAAUGACAAUGUCCCCUCCAUAGAUACCCGUUAUAUAAUGAAUCUCGUUAAUGGUACUGUGCUGUUGUCUGAAAAUGCCCCCCUUAACACAAAAAUAGCCCUAAUUACUGUGACGGACAGAGAUGCGGAUCUGAAUGGUAAAGUGACUUGUUACACUGAUCAUGAUGUACCUUUCCGACUGAAGCCGGUCUUUAACGACCAGUUUUUGCUCGAAACGGCCGCACCCUUAGAUUACGAGACCACUCGAGAGUAUGCGAUUAGGAUAGUUGCAUCUGACUCUGGGAAACCUCCUCUGAACACUUCGGCAAUGGUCCUGAUUAAAAUAAAGGAUGAGAAUGACAACGUCCCAGUUUUCCCUCAGCCUGAAAUCCAGCUGUCCAUUCCAGAAAACAAUGACCCGGGCACACAGUUGAUAAAAAUCAGUGCAACAGAUGCAGAUAGUGGUUCUAAUGCCCUUAUUAUUUAUGGUCUUGGCCCAGAUGCUCCUGAUGGGUUUAACAUAGAUCCCCGUUCUGGAAUCCUUUCCGUUGUCAAAAGGCUGGAUAGAGAGAAGCAGGAGAAGUAUUCAUUCACAGUCAUUGCCAGGGACAAUGGUUCUACCCCUCUCCAAAGUAACGUCACCGUCAAGCUAAUAGUCCAAGACCAAAAUGACAACAGUCCAGCCUUUACCCAUCCCGAGUACAACUUCUAUGUGCCUGAGAACCUCCCUUUGUAUGGCACAGUGGGUUUGAUCACUGUCACGGAUGCAGAUGCUGGUGACAAUGCAGUCGUCACUCUCUCAAUCAUAAAUGGGAAAGAUAAUUUCAUCAUUGACCCCAAAACCGGAGUGAUCAAACCAAACAUUACCUUUGACAGGGAGCAACAAAGUUCCUACACAUUUGUUGUCAAGGCUGUGGACGCAGGUCAAAUGCAAACCACCUCCUAUGCCAAGGUCACCAUAAAUGUUGUUGAUGUGAACGACAAUCGACCGGUGUUUGUCAUCCCCUCCUCGAACUACUCCUAUGAUCUGGUACCUUCAACCACCAGCCCUGGUUCAGUGGUGACCAGAGUAUUUGCCAUUGACAAUGACACUGGGAUGAAUGCUGAGCUGCAGUAUAGUAUUAUUGGAGGGUCACCAAGAGGACUGUUUGCCAUUGACAAAACGACAGGCAACAUUACUCUGCAGGAGAAGAUUGUAGCAGCAGACCAAGGACUUCAUAGGCUAGUGGUAAAGGUCAAGGACUUGGGACAGCCUGAGUCUUUACACGCAAUCGCCCUUGUUCAUUUGUUUGUGAAUGAUACUGUCUCCAAUGCCACAUUCAUCCAGGAACAACUUCGCAAGAGUUUAGAGACUCCUUUGGAGCGGAACAUUGGGGACAACGAGGUGACACCCCAAACCAAUGGCUACGUAAUUGUUGUUAUUGCCAUAAUAGCUGGGACUAUGACGGUUAUCCUGGUGAUCUUUGUGACUGCUUUGGUACGCUGUCGACAGACACCGAGACACAAAGUUGUCCAGAAGAGCAAGCAGAGCGGCGAGUGGGUGUCACCCAACCAGGAUGGUCGGCAGAUUAAAAAGAAAAAAAAGAAGAAGAAGAGAUCCCCAAAAAGUUUGCUGCUGAAUUUCGUAACCAUUGAGGAAUCCAAGACCGAUGACCCUACUCAUGAGCACAUCAAUGGCACCUUAGACCUCCCUGUUGAACUUGAGGAGCAGACAAUGGGAAAAUACAACUGGGCUACCACACCGACUACAUUCAAACCCGACAGUCCUGACUUAGCCAAGCACUACAAAUCCGCUUCCCCUCAGCCAACAUUCCAGAUCAAACCAGAGACCCCUGUGGCUCCCAAGAAGCAUCAUGUCAUUCAGGAACUCCCACUGGACAACACAUUCGUGGUGGGCUGUGACUCACUCUCCAAAUGUUCCUCCAGCAGCUCCGACCCCUACAGCGUUUCAGAGUGCAGCUGUCAAGGCGGCUUCAAGGCACCUGGACAAAUCCACACCAGACAGAACCACAGCCAGACUCCAGAUAAAACAUUCCCUGUUGUCCCAGCCACGUGUCCCCACAAGCAGACACAACGCCGCGUGACCUUUCACCUCCCAGACUGCUCUCAGGAGAGCUGCAGUGACAGCGGGCUUGGAGAGCAGGAUCCCAAUAGCGGUGCCAGCACCACCCAGCCUCUGCCCUUGGGCUUCCCUCAGGAAGAGUACUACGAACAGACCUCACCGAACAGCCGCACUGAGGGUGACGGCAACUCUGACCCCGAGUCCACUAUUGAAGUGAACCUGCAGAAAGCUCUCGCCGAGGCCUCGGAGACCUGUACCCAGGAAUGUCUGAUCCUGGGUCAUUCUGACAGCUGCUGGAUGCCGCCAGCACUGACCCAAUUCCAGACGUCCAGCACCGCCACUCUGCCCUCCUUUGGUUUUCAACAAAGCUGGGCGCGGGGGACCAAGCCAGAUGGGCGUCACACCCUUGGCAGGUCAGUGCCCAAAGAUGAUCUGGACAAAGGGAGCAACCGGCCCCAAUUCUACAACACACUUGAGAGACACUGCAGCAAGAAAGAUGAUGCCGUCAAGGUCAUCCCUCUAGCCAGCUUUUCCGCCACAUCCAGCCCCCAGAUGUCCGCUGGCGGAGGCUCUUCUGCCUUCCUGCACGAGCAUCAGCUGUAGAAGCGAGGGUAGGCCUCAGAGCACUGCAUAAUGAGAGUGAUUGAAAUGGAAAAGCUGACGGGUUCUGAUCGUUAUUAGCAUGUGUCAAACAUUUCACGGCACAGCGGAAGGGGAAGUUAAAGCAAAGGACGGUAGCUUUCGAUAUCCUCUGUGAAACUGAAACAUGUACAGUAGACAAAUGGUAGAUAUAGACCAAAGUAGCUCUUCAAGUGAAAAAAAAACAAAAAAUGAAAAAAAAGCGGUGUGAAAUGUGUCUUAGUGACAUAUUAGUGGCAAAUGAAUUAAGCUUUACUGUUGAUCAAAAGGGACAAGAUUUUUAUUUUAUUCUUUUGUGUGCCUCUUGAAUGCAACCUAACAAAUUACUUUAAAGUCUGUGCUGCUGGAAGAAAUCAUUGCAUACGUUUACAUGCUCGCUGAUAUUCCUAAUUAUAAAAAAAAAAACAUUCAAGUAAACGCCAUGUUCUUGUUAUUCAAAGAAAAUAUAUCCAUAUUCCACACAUUAUCUGGUCUAAUUUUAAAUACAUAUGAACGCGUGUCUGCAGCUAGUGGUCUUGGUGAGUUUAAUUGGUGCUCACUAGCAGCAAAGCCAGUGGUUGUUUCGUUGUGCUUUACACAUGGACGCAGACACACUCGUAAACAAAACAAUAAAAAUUAGGCUCUGAGUUAAGAACCGCAUUUGGAAUAUUACGACGCAUGUAAGCGUAGUCAAUAAGGUUAAGUGUAAUGUGUGAGCGCUGGGUGACUGCAGUAUUUCUUUUGGCUUCGGUGAGGUGCAUCGUUUCCAGCCGAAUUUCCGCCUGAGUCUGUUUUACUCUGCUAAAGAGACCUAGUUCCAUGCCCCUGAAUGUGCUGCUUACUCUGUCAAGACUACAGAUACAGCUAAGCCUCUCUGCAAAAAUUAGCCUUGCUCUGUGUUAACACGUAGAAACUUUUAUAUAUUAGGGUGCUUUUUUUUCUUCUUAAACUUUGACGUUAGCUCUUUUCUCCCUGGUGAGCUCAGAGCCUUCCUCUGAUGCUCAGCAUUUUGGUAGUUUCCAUGCAUUUGACACUCUUUCUCUGCCAUUAAAAGAAACCCGCUUAUUUUCAACGUUAUCUCAUUAGCAGAGGCACAGACACGGCUAAAAAGGCAUCCUUUGUUUUUUCGCACUACUAUAUCAAGUUUUUCUCUCGAUAUAUACAAUUUAUGCACCAUAAUAAGUGCUGUGGAACCAAUUACAAGAAUCUCCCAAUAGUAUAAUUACUUUGAUCAGUAAUCACCAUAACUGCUAUAGAAGCAGAACGCUGCUCUAUAAUAGCAUAAUUGGCUACCUUUUGUAUGUGUGUGUGCUUGUAUGAUGUGCACUUCUUUUUAAACUUGCGUAAAAAUUAAGCGUUUGCGAGGUUUAUAUAUAAUGAUGUCAAAGAAACAGCCUUAAGAUGUAGAUGUGUAUUGUAUGGAUGUAAUGACUGCUAAGUGAAGUAGAAGUUUGCUUACAAUCGUGUCAUAUUUUCAUCCAGUACCUGUAUUUUCAAACAGAGACAUAAAGUAAUCCCACAAAGAGGCUGUGCGGGUUGAGAAAUCAGCACAAAUUUAAUUCGCCAACGCUUCUCCUUAGUAUAUACUGAUGACACAGAAAUAUUUGGGUCAGUGAUCCAAAAAAUUACUUCACUAUAAAAUAGUGUACGUGCCAGCGACAAGAAAUGUGUCACCACGAGACGUGUUGGAGUGUGUUGCUCUUUGAUGCGAGAGAACUGACAAUCACUCCGGCAGCUGUUCCCUCAACAACAGUUUAAGAUCUGUCGAACACUCUUGAUUAAGAGGAAUAAUUGCGGUGUGGGACUCUAUUAAAGGAAGGAAGCGGUGGCUUGGUCUUUCGCUCGAGCUCUUACACGUCUGCUAGCUGGGACGGAGAGAGAGUAUCGAGUGUAAGGAUGGUGACUCAACUCAAACUCUCCUAAUCCAUACAAUAGAUCAGAAACGCUCGAAAGGCAAGGUUUGAAAUAUUAACAACUAUCAGCCGUAGUGUCUGUAUUGCUUAACACUGCUUGAAAAUCUCUGCUUCUGUUCAUUCAUGACAGAAUAGAAAACACCUAGUUACAAGUAAUUGAAAAAUUGAAAUCAGAUUUUGGAGGUCUUUUAAAUUUCCAGUGAUUAAAAACAAUGUUUUUUGAAGAAUGGGGCUGUAGAGAUUUUUUUUUUUUUUCAGAACUGCAUGAAUUUAGAGGUUUUACAUGCUUAGAGUCAACAUGAAAUCAAAGAUACCCUGUUUACUUUCUUAAUGCAUGUCACUGGGGGUUCUGUGAAUGAUUCAUCUGUACACAUUUUCAUUUAAAGAAAAAAAUGCACAUCUACAUUUUAAUUAAAACGUAAAUUCCUGUGCCUCUCGAUCAACUUUCUUUAAUUUGGCAUCUCCAGGCAAUAAUGAUUAAAAAAAUGGCCAAACAUUCAGAUCUAGCCUCAGUCUGGGACAGAAACAACCCCUUUUCGUGGACCAAUGCAAGGAUGUGCAAGGAAUUCUCUGGGCCUCAAAGGUAGUAAUAAAGUUGUUGCAGUUUUGUACACGUCAUAUAAUUAUAAUUCAAAUGCACAUUGUUUGAUUGAUCACAAUAUUAUUGUUGCUAAUUGUUGAGAGUGACACUUUUGAUUAAUUUUAAAAAAGAGCAACACUCACCAGGUCCAAUCAUAUCCUACUGUAAGCUUUUUUUUCCCUCUCAUUUAAUAUCCUGUUUCUAUCAGAAAAUUGUCACAAUUACAGAAGUUGCAAAUGCUAUUUCAUGUUGACUUUAAAAAUGUAUGACCUUAAAGAUUUGCUGAAAUUUUUGAGUAGUGGAGAAACUCUAUUAGUGCCAAAGGUUUACCAAGUAAAAAAGACAAAAAUUGUGUGAGAAUGAAUGAAAAUAAGAACAUUUUGUGAUAAAUAAAUGCAUAAAAGGUCUCAAUAUGCAUGGUUAUUCUCCCCUCUAGCACUUUUGUACUUUUCUAAAAAGUUUGUUCCCUGAUGUAUCAUGUAAGCAACCUUGGUAAUGAGGUGUUUCUUUACUCUGAUAGAUAGUUUUUCUUUUUUUCCUUUUACUUUUUUUCAGGAAAAUAUUAUGGCAGAUCGUCUCUGUAGUCAGGCAUCUUCAUUUGCAUGUGGUUCCAGUUGACCUCCACUGGCUGAUUGUGUUCUGUAGCACUAAACCCUUGUUCUGACACUAAUCAGUAGCUUGUGCUGUCAUACCAUCAUCUCCUCGGGUUGUUUUAUAGUUAGUAUGAAGGAUUAGAAUGGUAAAACACUUUGAGUGCCCAACACAUCGUUACACAAAUCAAAUAAAUUCUCAUCAUUACCGUACAAAAAAAGAAAAAAGAAAAAGAAAAAAAAAGAGCAAAGUGUACAUAGAUAUACUUAGCAGUAAUCCUGGGAAACAAAUUUUAACAUACUGUAUGUGUAAACAAAAGGAAAAGUGGUUUAUACUUACUGAAAAUAGUUGAUAAAAGACAAAAAUCAUGAAAAAUGAGGACAAUCUCUGUUGUAAUGUAUUCAAAACAUAUGCAUACUGUAUAUUAUUAUAUGUGUGCGCGUGAGUUUGUGUGUGUGCAUGUAUGUAUACUGGCAAAAAAGCGGGCGGAUAAUGUAUGUACACACUAUGUAUCUUGUAUAGAAUCUGAAAAGAAUAUAAAACUGCUGAUAUAUUAAAUCUGCUUGUAAUUUAAACAUCAUUUGUUGUAUUUCACAAUUAUUUCUUUCUUUGGAGGUGAGCUUUCAUAUGUGCCAGCAGUCAAGCAAUGAACACUGUUGAACAAUUGAAGUGUAUCUUGAUAGCGUACCCCUGUAAAAUACUCCUAGAAGUUAAAAAAGAAAUGAAAAGAAAAAGAACAUGCUCAUUUACAUUUGGUGUAAUGUUUUUUCUUGUCUUGAAUUUUCCUUGA